AUGGGGACGCGGGCGAGCUGCGGGGAGCUGCAGGCGGACUCGCGAGGUAGCGGGGACACGGCGCAGCAGCAGCUGAGACAGCAGGCGGCCCGCGGCUCAGCGGCCGGCACAGAGAGCACCAUGGCAGAGCAGGUGGCUCUGAGCCGGACCCAGGUGUGCGGGAUCCUGCGAGAAGAGCUGUACCAGGGUGAUGACUUCCAUCAGGCCGAUACACACAUCUUUAUCAUCAUGGGUGCAUCGGGGGACCUGGCCAAGAAGAAGAUCUACCCCACCAUCUGGUGGCUAUUCCGGGAUGGCCUUUUGCCCGAAGAUACCUACAUCGUGGGCUACGCCCGCUCCCGCCUCACGGUGGCUGACAUCCGCAAGCAGAGCGAGCCCUUCUUCAAAGCUACCCCGGAGGAGAAGUCCAAGCUGGAGGAGUUCUUUGCCCGCAACUCCUACGUGGCUGGCCAGUAUGAUGACCCCGCCUCCUACGAGCGCCUCAACAGCCACAUAAAUGCCCUUCACCAGGGCACACAGACCAACCGCCUCUUCUACCUGGCCUUGCCCCCAACUGUCUAUGAGGCUGUCACCAAAAACAUCCACGAGACCUGCAUGAGCCAUACAGGUUGGAACCGCAUCAUCGUGGAGAAGCCCUUCGGGAGGGACCUGCAGAGCUCCGACCGACUGUCCAACCACAUCUCUUCCCUGUUCCGUGAGGACCAAAUCUACCGCAUCGACCACUACCUGGGCAAAGAGAUGGUCCAGAACCUCAUGGUGCUGAGGUUUGCCAACAGGAUCUUCGGGCCCAUUUGGAACCGGGACAACAUCGCCUGCGUCAUCCUCACCUUCAAAGAGCCCUUUGGCACUGAGGGUCGUGGGGGCUACUUUGAUGAAUUUGGGAUCAUCCGGGACGUGAUGCAGAACCACCUCCUGCAGAUGCUGUGUCUGGUGGCCAUGGAGAAGCCUGCCUCCACCGACUCAGAUGACGUGCGUGAUGAGAAGGUCAAGGUGUUGAAAUGUAUCUCAGAGGUGCAGGCGAGCAACGUGGUCCUGGGCCAGUAUGUGGGGAACCCCAACGGAGAGGGGGAGGCCACCAAAGGGUACCUGGAUGACCCCACGGUGCCCCGUGGGUCCACCACGGCCACCUUUGCAGCCGCCGUCCUCUACGUGGAGAACGAGCGCUGGGACGGGGUGCCCUUCAUCCUGCGCUGCGGCAAAGCCCUGAACGAGCGCAAGGCCGAGGUGCGCCUACAGUUCCGUGACGUGGCCGGGGACAUCUUCCGGCAGCAGUGCAAGCGCAACGAGCUGGUGAUCCGUGUGCAGCCCAACGAGGCCGUGUACACCAAGAUGAUGACCAAGAAGCCCGGCAUGUUCUUCAACCCCGAGGAGUCGGAGCUUGACCUGACCUAUGGCAACCGAUACAAGAACGUGAAGCUCCCUGACGCCUACGAGCGCCUCAUCCUGGACGUCUUUUGCGGGAGCCAGAUGCACUUCGUACGCAGUGAUGAACUGCGGGAGGCCUGGCGAAUCUUCACUCCACUGCUGCACCACAUCGAACGCGAGAAGGCCCAGCCCAUCCCUUAUGUGUAUGGCAGCCGGGGCCCUGUGGAGGCAGACGAGCUGAUGAAGCGCGUGGGCUUCCAGUACGAGGGCACCUACAAGUGGGUGAACCCCCACAAGCUCUGA